AUGCGUCCCAAGUAUGAAACUGAGGAAGAGCGUCAUGAGGCUCGACUAAAAUCAAAGAAGGAGAGCUAUGCACGAGGGGCAGCUGUGCAUCUUGAUAGUUUAUGGUCAAGUCUAGGCUACCAUAGCAGCACUCUCCAAUGCAAAUUCCUGGAGUCAUAUGGGAUGUCAAUUGUGACUGAGGUAGAUCGAGAGGGUUGGGAUUCAGUCAAGCCAGGAUGUGAGGCAGGCUUUGCCGAGGUGAAGCAUGUGCUUCAGCAAGCAUAUGACUUGCGCAUCGAGGCCUGUGAUGUUAAGGGGCCUCUCACAGAUCAAUUGUGA